AUGGCUGUCAGGAAGUUACUGAGUUCUAUUUUCAGUGUUAUCAUUUUAUGUUUUUAUCAAUGUGCGGGUGAACUUACUCUAAGUUCGGCGAAAGUGAGGGAAGGAGAAGCAUUAGAAUUAUUGUGCCAGUCAUCAGAAGCUGGUGGAUUAUAUACGUUUUACUCUUCGAACAAUCAGGGAUACGAAAGGUAUGGUAUUGGUGUGGGGAGUUUCAAGAGUUGUCAGACUGGAGAUGUACCUGGAUACAUAAUGGAAUGUGAUUUUGACAACUGGAUAUUCAAUCUGACAAUCCUAAAUCCUAUUCACAACCAGGUCAUCUUCUGUAACAGACGCACAGGCCCAGAGGAUACUAUAAUCAUCAAUACAACUAUCUUUGUUCAAGUGCCUGUCAAAAGAAUCAUGCUGUCUCCAUCAUCUAAAGUAGAUGUUGUGUCUGGAAAUUCGUUAACCUUUACCUGUGUAACAUUUGCUUCUAGACCUGCAGCAGAAAUUGUGUGGCACAUAAACUCUACGACUCUUGCUGGAAAUACUUCAAUUGUUUCUAAAUCUGGGCUUAAAUAUGAUGUGAACAGCACGUUGACUUUAACAUUAACAAAACAAGACAAUAGUAAAGAAAUUUACUGUAGUUCUAACAACACAUUUUUGGAGAAGCCACUGAAAUCAUCUAAAGCUUUUUUGAAUAUACUUUAUGUCCCAUCCAUUGCUCCACAACUAAAAGCUUUAGGAUCCACCUCGGUGAAUGAAGGACAGAUUAUCACACUACGCUGUAACUUGCCUACACUGGGGAACCCUCCUGUCACAUGGAGCUGGAAUUGUGGUGAUGACACAUUAACUACUGAAGGAGUGAACAAUACAGGAACCCAAACUGAUUUUACAUUGACAGUAAACCGGAAGUACAACCAGAGGACUUGUCACUGUAGAGCCAGAUCUACAAGACCAUCAUUGACCUAUGACCAGAUAUCAGACAAACAGAGCAUCACUGUAUUCUAUGUCCCAUCCUUUGCUCCACAACUAAAGGCUUUAGGAUCCACCGCGGUGAAUGAACGACAGAAUAUCACACUACGCUGUAACUUGCCUACACUGGGGAACCCUCCUGUCGCAUGGCGCUGGAAUUGUGGUGAUGACACUUUUACUACUGAAGGAGUGAACAAUACAGGAACCCAAACUGAUUUGACAUUGACAGUAAACCGGAAGUACAACCAGAGGACAUGUCACUGUAGAGCAAGAACUACAAGACCAUCAUUGUCCUAUGAUCAGAUAUCAAACAAACAGAGUAUUGCAGUAUUCUAUGUCCCCACCAGUCCUCCACAACUAAAAGCUUUAGGAUCUACCGCGGUGAAUGAACGACAGAAUAUCACACUACGCUGUAACUUGCCUACACUGGGGAACCCUCCUGUCGUAUGGAGCUGGAAUUGUGGUGAUGACACUUUUACUACUGAAGGAGUGAACAAUACAGGAACCCAAACUGAUUUGACAUUGACAGUAAACCGGAAGUACAACCAGAGGACAUGUCACUGUAGAGCAAGAACUACAAGACCAUCAUUGUCCUAUGACCAGAUAUCAAACAAACAGAGUAUUGCUGUAUUCUAUGUUCCAGUUACUGAUCCGGAACUGAAUGCUUCGAUUUCUACAUCAGUGGAGGAGGGACGGUCCAUUCAGUUACUCUGUAAGCUGCAAACAAUGGGUAACCCUCCUAUUGUGUGGAGCUGGGUUUGCGGGAAUGUCACACAGACCGAUGGAGUUAUCAACACAGGAACUCAGUCCGUGUUAACAUUGCCUGCAAGCAAGAGAAACAACAAAUUGAUUUGCCAGUGUAGGGCCAGAAGUCCUAGACUCUCAUUAUCAUACGACAGAAUGUCAAAGAUGCAAAGAUUAUCUGUAUUCUAUAUUUCAGAUGUUCAGAUCAUGCCCGGCAGUAGCCUAAGUAUAGUGGCUGGAGAGAAGCUGACAUUGAUAAGCUGUUAUGUUGAGAGUGCAAACCCAGAAGACAUUCUUACCUACAAAUGGAUGAAAGAUGAUGGUUUCAAUACUACUUUGGUUUCUACAAGUCAAUUUUACUUGAUUGAACUUGCCAAAGUUGAAGACAGUGGUAGAUAUGUGUGUACAGCCCGUUCGUCCAUGAGGAACGCUAGUGGUAUUAUUGAUGUUAAUGUACAAAGAAAACCCCUUCCUCCAACGAUCAUACAGGUUGUUUGUAAAACCAGAUAUGCUUACGUUUCAAUGGUUUCGUCUUAUCUCGGUAUACAAGGAAGUGAGAUUUUGCAGUACAGCGAAAUGGAUAACUUAUUUGAAAAUGCAACUUUAGAAGUAAUGAAUAAAACACAUCGUGACAUUAUUAUCUACAAGGUUUUGAGUUUGAUGCCCGGAAAAGAAUACAAAUUUAGAAUCCUGGCAUUUAAUCUUUAUGGUAUUACUGAAUCAAAAAGUCAGAAGUGCUCAACGGACAGAGAUGCAGAAACAGAAUUUUUCACUCAUAUUGAGACCCCACCACUUCCCAGUUGUGGGCUACAAGUUUAG